CUCUUUCACCUCGCCCUUCCCCCCUUGGCUGCUCGCCUCGCCUUUCAGUCCGCGGUCAACCUGGCAGUCCCUAUGCGAGUUCUCCCUCUAUCUCGAGUCUCUUUGCCCCCUCCCAUGAGCGAAACUCUCCAACCAAGAGACCAUACGCGCCACCCGUUCUCCGACCGAUAGAAGCGAGGGGCAUUGCCAAUCCGACGAAGGCCAAAGCUCCUCCGUAAGACACGCUAGGACCCGCCACUGUCCAGUACCGCCUUGCCUGUUUUGGACAUCUUUUCCCAGGGAUCCAUCUUUUUUCCCCCUCGCGACCUUGCCUUCCCUGGAUAAGAUGCGAUACGAUACGUCUGCCCCCCAUCGGCCCGCCAACUGCUUUCCCCCUCCUUCUUUUAGCGUCAUGCCCUUUGUUUGUUGUUGGGAUGGCAGUAGCUACACACUUCCCGACGCAAGUCAUCUCACACAAACACGGUGUCGGCUUCGCUCGUUCUUCGGCUUGAUGUCGAUCCCAACCCGGACGUCUCGGAACGCCGUGGAUAUUUCAUCUCUUGGACUGAUAGAGCGCAAGGGAGACGACGGUGGAACCGGUACUGCAGACGCCCAGCAGGGGUUCCCGGUGUGCUAUGCUGUCUCUUCAUGCUUAUCGGCCAUCAGUUUCCCGCGCGAAACGCGUCACCCCAAAGCAGGGGGGGGGUUGCACAUGGCUAGUACCUCAAUUCCCCAAUUGCCGAGUUCGGGGAAGGCGGGGGUGAAGAAAAGUAAUUUUCCGAUGCCGCCGGGCUAUGCGACCAGAACCUUCGCUGUAUGCUGUAACUCGCCACCUCCAAGUUUACCAUGGCGAUGCCUUUGAUUAGUGUGGAUGGCACAUUCAUGGUCAUCCUUCCCUUUUCCGUGUUUCCUCUCUACAUCAUAAUGGAUCUCAGCCAAUCGAGCUUUCCUGUUCCCGACAGCCUGAUGGGGACCUCUGCUACAUCAGUAGCAGAGGUUGAUAU